CUCUUUGGUGCAGGAUAAUCCAUUAGUUAUUGAGUGCUUUGAUUUCAAUAGCAGUGGCAAUCAUGUACUGAUCGGUAAAAUGCAGAAAUCAGUGACGGACCUUGAAAAACUUCACAAAGAAAAGAUUGGUGCAAAUUUUAUCAUGCCAUCUGCUCGCCAGGGUCAUGAAAAGGUAUUUAUUUUGUACUUGAAAAGGAUUUUAGCCACUUGUUGUAUGUCUGUCAUGUCUGAACCUACACUGUGCUUAUCUUCUGUAGGUUCUGAAGGGUCAACUUUUUGUUGAUGGCUUUGUUGAAAAGAAACUGCACAGUUUUAUCGAUUACAUUUCUAGUGGCUUUGAACUUAACUUUAUGGUUGCUGUUGAUUUUACCGCUUCAAAUGGAAAUCCUCGCAGUGUAAGUUCUUUGCACUACAUUGAUCCUUCAGGCCGGUUGAAUGCUUACCAGCAGGCUAUAACGGAGGUUGGCGAGGUCAUACAAUUCUAUGAUUCUGACAGGCGCUUUCCUGCUUGGGGCUUUGGAGGAAGGACGUUUGAUGGUUCAGUAUCUCACUGUUUUAACUUGAGUGGUACAGGUGGCUUUGAGGUUGAAGGAGUAGAAGGUAUAAUGGCUGCUUAUUCAGGUGCUCUGAACAAUGUUGCUCUUGCUGGACCCACCUUAUUUGGUCCGGUUAUCAACAAGGCUGCAGAAAUUGCUGGGCAUUCCCUCUCAUACGACAAGAGCAAGUACUUUGUCUUGCUGAUUAUAACGGAUGGAGUCCUUACUGAUCUUCAGGAAACUAAAGAUGCUUUAGUGAGAGCAUCCGACCUACCGCUUUCAAUUCUUAUUGUUGGAGUUGGUGGUGCAGAUUUUGAAAAAAUGGAGAUCCUAGAUGCCGAUGGUGGGCAAAGAUUAGAGAGUUCCACGGGAAGGAUAGCUACACGAGACAUUGUACAAUUUGUUCCGAUGCGUGAUGUGCAUGGUGAGUUCAUCUUUGUUUAGCUUACAAAUUUUAAAGAUGUUAGACAUUUCGGUCAGAUUUUUCUUGUUCCUCAUAUGCAGUUCUAAAACAUAAUUGUUCUUUUCAUGUUCCUAU